GCCCGGCGAGUCGGGCGAUGCGCGCCAGGGGCGUCCGCCCCGCACUCGGGGGACUGACAGGUCGGCAGGACCCGGCCCUGGGGCCGGGGCCACCCCGGGCACCUGCGUGGGGAGGACGCGAGGUCCCGGGGAGGAAGGAAUGGCUUUGGUUUCCCCGCAGUCUGGUUUACACGUAAAGAAUGCAGCCAUCUGGCGGCUUGCGGUCCCUGGACUUGCCCCGAAGGUUGAAAUUGAGCAAAGAUUGGACACCUUUUUAGACAGGUGUUCUUGAGCACCACUGACAACACGGUUCUGACAGUAUUUCAUGACAAUGGAUGGUGACAGUUCUACAACAGAUGCUUCUCAACUAGGAAUCUCUGCAGACUAUAUUGGAGGAAGUCAUUAUGUUAUACAGCCUCAUGAUGAUACUGAGGACAGCAUGAAUGAUCACGAAGACACAAAUGGUUCAAAAGAAAGUUUUAGAGAACAAGAUAUAUAUCUUCCAAUUGCAAAUGUGGCUAGGAUAAUGAAAAAUGCCAUACCUCAAACGGGAAAGAUUGCAAAAGAUGCCAAAGAAUGUGUUCAAGAAUGUGUAAGUGAGUUCAUCAGCUUUAUAACAUCUGAAGCCAGUGAAAGAUGCCAUCAAGAGAAGCGGAAAACAAUCAAUGGAGAGGAUAUUCUCUUUGCCAUGUCUACCUUAGGCUUCGACAGUUAUGUGGAACCUCUGAAAUUAUACCUUCAGAAAUUUAGAGAGGCUAUGAAAGGAGAGAAGGGAAUUGGUGGAGCAGUCACAGCUACAGAUGGACUAAGUGAAGAGCUCACAGAGGAGGCAUUUACUAACCAGUUACCAGCUGGCUUAAUAACCACAGAUGGUCAACAACAAAAUGUUAUGGUUUACACAACAUCAUAUCAACAGAUUUCUGGUGUUCAACAAAUUCAGUUUUCAUGAUCUGAAGAAAUGGAAUGGAGAGUGUAGAGAAGUGAGAGUCUGUAUGAUUCUGGAGCAGAGACAUCAGAAGGAAAUGACUGGUGAAAAGAUGUCUCUUUGUACAUUAAUAGCUGUAAUGUAGCUUCCUGAUGCUUGACUAAUUGAGGUGUUAAUUCUGACUUGAGAAUCUUUUUCAUGAAUGAUUUUAAAGAAAAAUUUGGAUUUUAAAGGUAUUAAAAUAUUUUUGUUUUGUACGAGAGUUUGUUGCUCUGUAUGACUCCUGUAUGCAUUGUAUAUUGCAAUUUAUUACUGUCAGAGAUUUGUAGACAGUUUCUUAUUUUCAUAUUGAAUCAUGUUACUUUUGUAAUUCAAGUAAGCAGCUGGGUUAAUUCAUGAUGUUUGCCCUUUUAAUAAAAUAUAAGGGUAGAGUUCAUUUUGAAUGUAAGUUGCCUUUAUUAUGAAUUUGAGUUUGUCUUGGUUAUAUAUCUUGCAUGGUAACCUAACUAGACUUUUAGCAUUUGCCAUAUUUAUUAAAAGAGAUUUUUUUUUUUUUGGUAAAACAUU